GUUAGUUAUAUGUUUGUGCGCUAGAGGCAGUGCAAGAGUUUCAGACAGUAUGGGUAAGUUAGCAGUUCUCUCGCUGUUUGCUGCAGCUCUUGCGAUUUUAAUCGGAGAAAGAGUCAUAACAUUAAGGCAUGUAUCGCUUUCUUACAGAGAACUCAGCCAGAACUACCUUCCUAACUGUCACCAUGUAGAGGGUAUAGAAUAUGGUGCUGAAGAUAUCACCAUAUCUGAAAAUGGACUGGCCUUUUUGAGCGCUGGCUUGAAGUAUCCGGGCUUACCAUCCUAUUCAGAUGACCCUGGGAAGAUCUACACCCUGAAUCUGUUGGAUUCUAAAAUGAAAAUUAAAGCACUGAACAUCAAGGGAGACUUUGACAAGGACUCUUUUAAUCCGCAUGGAAUCAGCCUGUACACGGAUGAACAAGAUGGUGCUAUAUACCUGUUUGUUGUGAAUCAUCCUCAAGGCAAGAGUCAAGUGGAGAUUUUCAGAUUUAUUGAGGAUGAAAAUACUCUUCAGUACAUCAAGACCAUCAAGCAUGAACUCCUACAAAAUGUGAAUGAUAUAGUAGCUGUGGGGACCGAAAGCUUUUAUGCCACCAAUGAUCAUUACUUCACGAAUGGGAUUCUGAAGUUUGUGGAGCCAUUUCUGUCUUUGCCCUGGUGUGACGUCGUCUACUACAGCCCUCAGACCGUGCAGGUUGUGGCGGGGGGCUUCUUGAUCGCCAACGGCAUAAAUAUCUCCCCCGACAAAAGGCAUUUGUAUGUGGCAGAUAUUCUGAAGCACAAAAUUGUUGUCUUAGAAAUACAGAAAAGCACUGUGUUGUCUCACGUAAAGGAGGUCGAUGUGGGGUCACUCUGUGACAACAUUGAGGUGGACCCUGAAACUGGAGAUCUGUGGAUGGGCUGCCACCCAAACGGUCUUAAAUGUGUAUUUCAUGAUCCGAAUGAUCCACCAGGUUCUGAGGUUAUCAAGAUUGAGAACAUCCUCUCUGAAGAGCCCAGGGUGACUCAGGUAUAUGCAGAUGACGGCAGUGUGAUCGUUGCUUCUUCAGUGGCAACACCAUAUGGAGGAAAGCUGCUCAUAGGAACAGUUUAUCAGAAAGCUCUGAUCUGUGACCUAAAAUAGUGAAUAUACUCGCUUACAGGGAAGAAUAGAUAUUGGCUAAAGUGUUUAAAAGAGUCAUUUUAAAGGCAACAUAAAACAAAGUAAAGGCCUUUUGUAGGGUAAAAUUUGAAAAAAUAAUCCACACGAAAUUUGGCUUAACACAAGCUGAUUGGCUUGCAAACACCCUCUACUAAAUAUGUGUGCUUGAAGUAUAACUUGUUUUAGCAUCUCACUCGUUUUGAUUUGUUCUCAUUCAGUAGCUGUCUGACACUUGAUUUUAAUUUGUUGAGUUGUGUAAAAAAUAUUCAUAAAUUUAUGAUGUACGGUCAACACAAAUAAACGUUUACCAACACA